AUGCUCACAAAACACCUGAAUGGCGUCGAGAUCGGCUACGAUAUGUCUGGCUAUGCCAGCGGGCCACCUGUAGUCCUGCUGACAGGAUGGGCUCACGACAUGAGACUGUAUGAUCAGAUGCUGCCACUUCUGGUACCAAAGCACCGAGUCAUACGUGUCAACUACAGAGGCCAUGGUCCAAGCCAUGAUCCCAUUCCAGACUUCGGAGUCGAGGAGCAGGUUGCUGAUAUUCUAGCCCUCCUCGAAUCUUUGCACGUACAGCAAUUCUACCUUGUCUCCCACUCGCACGGGGGCUGGCCAGCGCUGGAGCUGGCCGACAGGUUAGGCAAACAAAGAGUUCUGUGUCUGCUGAUGAUCGACCAAAUCAUGACGUCGCCACCACCUGCCUUCGCGAGCGGGCUGCAAGCUAUGCAAGCAAAGGACACUUGGCUCGAAGCCCGACAAGGUCUAUUCGAGAACUGGCUGUCCGGUAGCACAAAUGCGGCCGUUCUCGACCAUUUCUAUUACAGUAUGGGCAGCUUUGGGUUCGAGAUGUGGUCACUUUCUUGUCGCGUCAUUGCUGACGCUUACGGCAAACAUGGCUCCCCAAUGGACAGAAUGAGCAAGCUGGGAGAGCCGCCAGCGAUACGGCAUGUUUUCGCCCACCCUCGUAAUGACGCGCAGUACGAGCAGCUACAUGUCGAUUUCGCCGCGAAGCAUCAUUUCUUCUCGUAUACACACCUUUCAGGCGAGACCCAUUUCCCUGAUAUAGAAAUCCCGGAGGUCGUGGUCGCGGAGCUGGAAAGCCUUAUUCAUGAGAGCGGCGGCAAGGGUGGGAAAGUGAAUGGUGUGUCCAAUAGUUGA